AUGCGGCGGCCCCCGGCUCCUGGCGCCACUCGGUGUCUCGGCUGGGCCUCCUCGCUCGUCUCUUCCGCGGCCCCGACGCUCCCGGGCCCCCUGAUGGCGGCCAAGUGGUUCAAGGAGUUCCCGCUGACCCUGAAGACCGCGUCGGAGCGCGCCAGGCCCGGGGGCGCCGGCGGCAAGCCGCGCAAGAACUCGGAGACGGGCGGCUCGGCGGCCACCCCGGGCAAGGGCCGGAAGAACUCGGCGGCCGAGCUGGGGGGCAGCAGGGCCGGCAGCGGACCCCCCAAAGACAGCCGACUGUCACGGGACAGCCUGCAGGGUCUGAUCCAGGCCGCGGCCGGCAAGGGUCGGAAGAACUCCCGGGUCACCGCCACCGCCCCCGCUGCCGCCACUGAGGAGGAGCCCCACCGGGGUGCGGUGGCCAAGAGCGCGGGCUGCAGCACCUACAUCAGCAGGCUCAUCAAGGUGGACACGCAGGAGAAGAACGGCAAGGGUGGCUACCCGGGUGGUGGCAGCACCAGCAGCUCCAGCAGCUCCUCUUCCUCUGCGUCCUCUUCACCUUCAUCCCUGGGCCCCGAGCUGGACAAGGCCAAGAUAAUGAAACAAGACACGGUUAUCAUUUUAGAAGACUAUGCUGACCCGUAUGAUGCCAAACGGACGAAAGGUCAAAGAGACGCAGAGAGAGUGGGCGAAAAUGACGGCUACAUGGAACCCUAUGAUGCCCAGCAGAUGAUAACAGAAAUCAGACGUCGUGGUUCCAAAGACCCCCUGGUGAAGGCUCUCCAGCUGCUGGACGGCCCGUGUGAGCCAGGGGAGAGCAUGAAGAUGGAGGCCACAGCCAGGAGACGCAGCUCCAAGGACCUGCUGGGGAAGCCACCACAACUCUAUGACACCCCCUACGAGCCCUCGGAGGGUGGCCAACGGGUGGCAGAGGGGAAGGCCCGGCCAGCAGACAGCAGGCUGCCAGAGGAGGACGAUCGACCUGCCGCUGAGUAUGAGCAGCCCUGGGAAUGGAAGAGGGAGCAGAUCGCACGGGCCCUGUCAGUCCAGUUUGAGGGAUCCGAUCGACCUCCCAGCAAAGAGGAGACGGGCCGAGCGGCACACCACUGGCAGAAGACCUUGAAGCCAACCCUGUCAGACCACAGUGACAGGGAGAAGGUGGACCCGGGCCUGGCCCUGGAAAAGCAGCCUUGGUAUCAUGGCACCAUUACCCGAGCUGAGGCCGAGAGCCGACUCCAGCCCUGCAAAGAGGCUGGUUACCUGGUCCGAAACAGUGAGUCAGGCAACAGCAGGUACUCCAUCGCACUGAAGACUAGUCAAGGGUGUGUCCACAUCAUAGUCGCUCAGACAAAAGACAACAGAUACACACUGGAUCAGACGAGUGCCGUGUUUGACAGCAUCCCUGAAGUGGUACACUAUUAUUCCAGCGCAAAGUUGCCCUUCAAAGGGGCAGAGCACAUGACCCUACUCCACCCUGUGCACAAGCUUCACUAAACUUUAGCCAGCCAGAGCCCAGGCACCUUCGAGGGCGUUGGCACCCACCAGCAUCACGUGGA